UGUGUCUGAUGACGCAGGUGAGGAGGGGUGGGGCGGGGGGGGGCAACAGCUAACAGUAGAGAAGUCCUGAUUGGCUAGAGAGGGCCCUCCCUCCACACUUAAUAGCUGCCACUCACCUGCAGGACUAAAAGCUAUCCUUCUCCCUCCUGCUGUCAAUACGGAGCCCCAUAACCUAACUUCAGUGUUUCCCCUCGUUUGACUGAGAAGGCUCUGUCCUGCACUCUUCUGCUUGUAUAGUCUUCCCUUCUGCUUGCGCCAUGGACCGUAUGGAGCUGAAGCCAGUGAGCACCGAGGCGGACGACGAGAGUAUGGACGAGCGCUACUCCACGCCCAUCGACUCAGAGAAGACCACCAUGAACGGCCAGUAUAUGGAUGAAGACGAUGCAGAGAGCCAGAAGUUCCUUGCAAAUGGAAUGAAAAAGAAGACAUUUGAGGAAGAAUAUCACCCAGGUCAUGCGUCGUUUGGGAUGUCUGCUUUUAACCUCAGUAACGCCAUCAUGGGCAGCGGUAUCCUGGGCCUGUCUUUCGCUAUGGCCAACACCGGCAUUAUCCUUUUUGUCGUUCUACUGCUGGGUGUGGCUGUUCUGUCACUGUACUCUAUUCAUCUCCUGCUGGUAACAGCUAAAGAAGGAGGUUCUCUCAUCUAUGAGAAGCUGGGUGAAAGGGCAUUUGGCUGGCCGGGGAAAAUGGCAGCUUUCGGAUCUAUAAUCCUGCAGAAUAUAGGAGCUAUGUCCAGCUACCUGUUUAUAGUGAAAUAUGAGCUGCCAGAGGUCAUCCGAGCCUUUAUGGGACUAGAAGAGAACUCUGGUGAGUGGUACCUGAACGGUAAUUACCUGGUGGUGUUUGUUUCUUUUGGAGUCAUCUUACCGCUGUCCCUGCUCAAGAACCUCGGCUACCUAGGCUACACCAGCGGGUUCUCUCUUUCAUGUAUGGUCUUCUUUGUGGGGGUGCUGAUUUAUAAGAAGACACAGCUGCCCUGUCCGCUGCCUUUCUUCUACAACCACUCGUCUGGUUUGAGCCUGAAUGGUUCGGAGCUGUUAGGUCCGCAAGCUCUCCAUAACAGCUCAGCUCUGAUGGAGUUCUCUCGAGCAGACAUGAGCAGCGUUCACCCGGACCCUAACUCACCUGCUGUGGCCCACAGCGGGGUCCACUACGUCCCCCACCCCGAUGACUACGAGGACAUGUGCACACCCAAAUACUUUGUGUUCAACUCACAGACAGCAUACACUGUUCCUAUUCUGGCCUUUGCAUUUGUUUGUCACCCAGAAGUUCUUCCCAUCUACAGUGAGCUGAAAGAUCGCAGUCGAAGGAAAAUGCAGAGAGUAUCGAACGUUUCAAUCCUGGCUAUGCUUGUGAUGUACAUGCUGUCGGCCCUCUUUGGCUACCUCACAUUCUAUGAAAACGUGGAGGCAGAGUUGCUGCACACCUUCACUAAAGUGUAUAAGUUUGACACUAUGCUGCUGCUGGUGCGUCUGGCCGUGCUGACUGCUGUGACCCUCACUGUUCCCAUUGUCCUCUUCCCUAUUCGCUCGUCCAUCGUCACUCUGCUUUUUGCUGGGCAAGAAUUCAGUUGGAUCAGACACAUCCUCAUCGCUCUCGCCAUCUUGAUCUUCAACAAUUUACUCGUCAUCUUUGUCCCGACAAUCAGAGACAUCUUUGGCUUUAUAGGUUCCUCUGCUGCCACCAUGCUGAUCUUCAUCCUGCCGGCUGCCUUCUACCUGCGGCUGGUCAAGAGCAUACCAUUCAGAUCCACCCAGAAGAUAUCAGCACUCAUUUUCCUGGUGGUGGGCGUCAUCUUCAUGAUAGGCAGCCUGACUCUCAUCAUCCUCGACUGGAUCCACAACCCCUCUGGGUCUGGAGGUGGUCACUAAAUGACCGGAAAGCCACCCCAACCUGCCCAAAGACACGCAGACUGAAUGUUACUACAAGCCAUGUGACAGUCACAUCGCAGAGUACACCCCUCCACACACAGUAUUAACAAGCGGACGUUCAGCCAUCACAAUCUCUCUUUCUCUCUCUGUCCUCCCUGUGUCACCUGAUUGUGUCCUCUAGUUCUUAUGUAAUGCUUUUUUAGAUAAAUACUGAGAAAGCUGAACUGUAGCGUGUAGUGAAUGUAGUUGUGAAACUCCAGCUGUGACUCCAGCUUCUUGUGUUGCUCCAUCAACAGCCUUUGUGUCAACAGCCUGGCUUUAGGUGAUAUCACAGAGAGCUCUCUAUGUGGAAAAGAGAGAGAAAGGGAGGUGGACGGAUGAUGAAUCUGACCUAACUGCCUCAGACAGACGUUGCUGUGGAAAAAAAAGUGCCGCUACGAUGCUUCAGGAGGUUGUGGGGAUUUUCUGUAUGUACAAAGAGCACUUCUAGGUUUCAGGAGUUUUAUGUAUGUUCAUACACCAGCGCAUCCUGACAAACAUGCAUAUGUUAUUUUGGGUAUUUUUUGGUAUGUUCGUUUUUUUUCACUGGCAUCAAUCCUUUAUACUUAUCAUCAGAAAGCAUUUCUUAACUCUCUUAACUCAUGUUUUUGAACUGAACAAUCACAUUUCAUUAUGGAACUGUAACUAGAGUAAGCUGUGGAAGAUCAAACUAUCACUUUCAUAUUCAGGGUUUUGAGGUCAUAUGAGCUCUUUGCUUGGUGAGUUUGACCCAGCUCGUGAGGGAAAUGGGCCAAUGUUCUUAUUCUUCUUUGCUUAAAACUUGAGUUUAGAGCCGCGUCUACAGAUCAAUCCACCGUGAUCUUCAUGCGGCGGCCGCAUAUGCUGUUAUUGUUUUCUGCUGAGCUGGGACUCUUUUUGUGUUGUUCUUGUAUUGUAUUUACUCUGCAAGUCACAUGCAGACAAACUCUAUGCAAGAAAAUGUGAAGAUAUUUGAACGGCCCGACUCAAAACAGCAGGCUCUUUGAAUGCUGAUUGCGACCGCUAGAUGUCUAGCUCCAUUCUGACUCUGGUGCUGUCUUUCUAACCCAAGGAGAGAGACGAAAGUGGGACAGCUGGUGCCGACCAUUUUGGUUUUAGUUGAAAUCUGAGCGCUUGAUACCAGGAGGGCUUCACUGCAUUAGUCAUCAGCAACUGAAACUCAUCCACCAGUAGAGUUGACUUGUGCUUAAACCCUGUUUCUUCGCUGUGAACAGUAUAACUGUUGAGGAAUGACCCAUGAAUGGAGAAAAGGUCAGAAAAAAAACUCACCAUACUCUACAGCACCAUACAGAAAAGUUCACACGUUUAUACUGGAGGCUCAGAGCUUGGUUGACAGGACUGGUGUGUGUGUGUAGUGCUGUUCCUGUCAGUCAGGGUAGCUUCCCCUUCUGAACACCAAAGUCUCGUGCAGACCAGAUGUUCCAGUAAAUUUUAGCUGAAACGACUUCUUAAGGGUUUACAUUCAAUUACUUUUUUUAGAGUUUCCCCCCAAAAAUCAUGUAGUUUGCCCAUUUUUUGCAUGGCAUGAUGAAAGUAGUUAGAAGUUUUGCCUUAGUUUUUGACCGUGCCGUGCUGCAUCACUCUGCCAGUCGAUUCCAUAUUUCCUUCGCCAUGUCGGAGAGUAGUUGUCUACGUUUGGGCACAGAGACCAUCAUGCCAUAAGCAGAGGUUUUGAAACCAAACACUGCAGGUAUUUCGUUCCCAUCUAGCCAAAGUGGACAAUAUUUAUGGAUCCUUUGUUGGUCUAUUUAGACAUAAGCAAAUAAAUAUUUCAAAUGAAAUGGUAUAUUUUGUGCAUGUCUUGGAUCACAAACAUGGUCUUUUUGGACAAUUGUAUAUUCUUUGUAAAUAAUCUACUGAGGUACAAUUAGUGAGUUGUUUAAGGGUGGGAAGGUUUAGCAUCUCAAAAGUUUACCAGUACAGUUGUAGUAUUAUGUAUUUUAGAUCUUGGUGUUUGUUAAGGUCAUCUAACUUUCUUUUUCUUUCUUUCUUUCUUUCUUUCUUUCUUUCUUUUCCUUUUUGAGCUUGCUUUGUAAAUUUGUGAAAAAGUUAUUGUAUUUCUAUUGUUAUGUGACCUCCAUGGCUGUUUUUAUGAAUGAAUGAAAAAACGGAAGUUUUUUUAUGCUACUUGAUUACAUGUCAGCUGAUGAUGGUACAUACCAGUCACAGAAGCAUAGGCGUCUGUAUGGCACAUUGCUGUUUUUUGUACACGUUUUAAAGGAAUCAUCCAUAAUCUUUCCCAAAAAUCCAUUUUUUUUUUAGAGUUUUUUAAAGAUUUUGUUGGGUACUUUGUUGAAAUUAAUGAUCCUAAAGUAAAUAUGGCACAAAAAUGACUGCCUACAGGAUUCCAUGGCUCAUAGAAGUGCAUCUUGGAAGAACACAUGCAUAAAAACAGUUUAACAAAAAGAAAUUGUCAAGUUAUGAUGAUUUUGACAUGUUCACCAAUUACUACCAUUUACCCUUUAUUUGAUGGCCGGGUCUGCUGGGAUAGUGAAGCAUCAGCUUCACUGUUUAUAACGUUUCUCGAUAAGAUGAAUAAAAGAAAGUAUUUUCUCUCCAAAAGAAAAUAUAGCACAACUAUCAGACAACAGCAGUUUUGCUUCCUCGUUCUAUGGCCCUUGGAAGCCUGUGUGAGGUCAUUUUUUGUGCUGCCAUUAAAGAAAACCUAUGAAAAACAUUGGACUACUCCUUUAAACCUAAGCAUGUACAUUUGUGAUGCUUUGCCUUAAAAUGACGCUGAGUCCAGUCCGCCUGAAUGUGGACGUCCGUUUGGACUCUACAUCAGGGAGCAUUCAGUCAGACUUGUUUUACACACCUGCAUGCCCAGUGUCUUAUAUCAGUGUUGUGCUGGAUGGGCUUCAGCUCUGUGCCUUGACUUUGCCUCAGGUAUUUAACAAAGGGAGUCCAGCUGAAAUUGUGGAGGGUUACUAUGGUGAUUUUCCCCCCAAUACCUCAGCAGUGUUUUCACAAUUAUUUAUUUCUGUACGAUACUCUUGAUGUCGGUUUGAUUUUCGAAGCAUUAAUGAUGACACAGAAAGCCGACAGACCCUCCGCAGAUGAAGCUCAACUCCACAGCUGGAGCUCGACUUGUCUCUCUAAAACAUUCUACCUGAGUGCCAUCAAACCCACAAGAAGCACUGACAUACUGCUAGCCAAGCAGUGUCUGCCUCCUGUGGAUCAACUAAGUGUGAUUUGUAUAUUUGCCAUGUCUAAAGGGGUUUUUUUGUAUCGGUGAAGCUAAGUUUCAAUAUUAUGUGAUGUAAAAAUAAAAAUCCGGUAAAGAAUC